CCUUUGACGUCGCGUCCGGGUGGAAAGAUCCUGGAAGCCAUGUAAAAUGACAGAAGGUGAGAGGUGGUAGCUCAGAUUGCAGAGAUUAACAAAGAUCGCCAUGCAGAAGCUUCUCUUUAACUUCGCCCUGUUGUGCUUCGUUGGGUUUCUCAGCGUAACCUGUGCUCAGGAUGCCACUGAAGGGAAUGGGAGAGGAUUUGGAGAGAACAUCCACUGGAGAACACUGGAGGAUGGGAAGAAGGAGGCUGAGGCGAGUGGCCUGCCAGUGAUGGUCAUUAUCCACAAGACGUGGUGUGGAGCCUGCAAAGCCCUGAAACCCAAGUUUGCUGAAUCCAAAGAAAUCUCCGAGCUGUCCCACAACUUCAUCAUGGUCAACUUGGUGGAUGACGAGGAGCCAAAGGACGAAGCGUUCAGCCCCGAUGGUGGCUACAUUCCCAGAAUCCUUUUCCUUGAUCCCAGUGGGAAGGUGCGGCCUGAAAUCACCAACAAAAAUGGGAAUCCCAACUAUAAGUAUUUCUACAGCAAUGCUGAUCAAGUCGUGUCUGGAAUGAAGGAGGCUCAGGAGAAGCUGACCGGUGAUGCCUAUCGGCGCCCCCACCUUGGCGAUGAGCUGUGAAGUCGUGGGGGCGGAGCUGGGGAGGGCUGGCCAUGCCCCCUCUGAACUGCUGCAGUAGCUGUGGUCCGCUCCCAUAUCCACUGCCCAUUGGAUACGUUCAUUAUGACUGUCUGGAGGGGAGGGAGGGGCCCCUCCCUCCCCCCUGCCAAGGUGUGGCAGACAAGCACAUGCUAAAGUCAAGAAAAAGUGGAAAUAAAUGCACUGCUUUUCUGAAUGUCCACAUGUCAGUGCUGAUGUUGGGGAAGCCGCUUCUACAGUGUGUUCAGUACACAGGGGGGUGACAUUUCUGUGCUCAGUAGCAGGUUUUAGUCCAUCUGAAGGCUGCCGCCAUUUCUCCUCUUCGUUCACUAGCAUAUUUAAUUGUUUUUGUCUCCUUUAAAUGCCAGGGCAGUAUGUACAUCCCUUCUCAAAGGACGAAAUCAACUUCACAUGCAGCUGAUUUGUACAGGAAUUGAAAACGCAUGACACUGUGUGUGUGUGUGUGUGUGUGUGUGUGUGUGUGUACACCAUACGAUGUGUCCAGCUGCUUGCACCCUUCCUUCUGAACAGCUCCAGUCCUCACACCAGAGGGUCCUGCCAUUUCAGCUCCUAUCAGGAUAAUUGGGAAUUUACCCUAAGCGAGGGCUCUCCAUGUCUGGUCCAGGACAGCUACAGUCCAGCAGGUUUUCUGUCCUACCUGGCGUCUGAUGAGUCACACCUGUUCUCAGGUAAAUACCAGGAAGGGGUGUAGCUCAUCUAAAGCCAGGUAGCAUAGAAAACCUACUGGACUGUAGCUCUCCUGGACUGUAGGGUUUAACAAACUGAAAUAUCUGCUCUAAGGGACUGUGGGGUUUAACAAACUGAAAUAUCUGCUCUAAGGGACUGUAGGGUUUAACAAACUGAAAUAUCUGCUCUAAGGGACUGUAGGGUUUAACAAACAGAAAUAUCUGCUCUAAGGGACUAUAGGGUUUAACAAACUGAAAUAUCUGCUCUAAGGGACUGUAGGGUUUAACAAACUGAAAUAUCUGCUCUAAGGGACUGUAGGGUUUAACAAACUGAAAUAUCUGCUCUAAGGGACUGUAGGGUUUAACAAACUGAAAUAUUUGCCUGUUACUGCUAAAUGUUUCUGGACACUGUCUUGCUAAUAUUAAAAAGAUGUUCCUGUUCUGUCUUUAUAAACAGUAAAGAAGGAUGAAAUGACCAGUGAUGUUUCUUUUCAUUUUCACUUUCUAACCUUUUCACUAUGUGACUCAUUCUGUAUUGCAUUUUUACAAUAAUGUAUGCAGUCAGGUCUACAAUAAAGUUUUCAACAGAU